AUGGGCCUCGCCCCCAUCGAACGUCUGCCUGUCGAGCUCCUGCAGCAAAUAUUCGUCCAGGCAGAUUACAACCUUGCAUUGCUGCAGGCAUCUCCGUAUAUCGCUUCCCGACUUUCGUCCGGAUACAUUUACAAUGCUACUUGCAACCAUUAUCUAACCGAGGUGCAUGGUCAGCGUGCACAGCAGUCCGCAGCACAGACGCAGAUCUUUGCUUCAAAAUGGAUGACAUGGGAUUUCUUCCAAUCCUGGUGUAUACGGAGAUUCGAAACUGCAGGCUGCCUGUGUGACCAUACGCCCGAAGACGGCUGCUUCGACGCCCAGUGGCCUCCAAACUUCAACGAUGCAACCACGAUGAUUUUCUCACGAAGCCACUUGCCGCGCCUUUCUUUUGUAAAAGGCCGCAUACCAAAGAAGUUACUCAGGGGACCAUGGUCGCAGGAAAAGAUUGAGUUCCUUCGGUUUCUACUGUGGAUCACGAGCAUGAGCGUUGACUGGAAUGAUCCCGAGACAGCAAAAAUCGCGGUUGAAGGCAGACGGCAAGCUAUUCUUAAGCGGAAGCUUGAGGCGGUGGAGCUGUUCAAUCAUAAUCGGCGGCUAGGAAAACCACCAAGCUUAGAUACGCUGUGCUUUGCUGUCACAGAAGCUGGUUGCGAUCGCUCCAUUGUAUUCGACACCCUGCUCACAACAAAUAUAUGGAGCAACAAAAAGAGGGCUCGAUACUCCGAAACAUUGCACCAAUGGUGCGAUACUCAGAUGGAAGCCGACAAUCCAAAGGGGCUGUGGCUUUUUCAAAAGCUGGAAGAAUCUAGGAUUUUCAGAAACCGCAAAGAAGAGAUCGGUGGAAGAGAGGCCUGUCUCUAUCUUGAGUUCGGGAAUUACGACGGCGGACCCCAAGAUCAAUUAAUAGUGAACGACCUGGAGUGGAAUAAGGUAUGUAGAGUUUUCACAUUUCUUGAGAUGAAGCUUUCUGUAUCUUUCUUGGCUGAAUGA